AUGCCUUCCCCAGACAUCCCCAACAAAGCAGCCGAAGGCAUCUCCUACUACACCCCAGCCCAAAUCCCGCCAGCGGGAUCCGCAGCAAUCCCCCAAUCGGACGGCACCCAGCCACCAAAGCUAUUCCAGCCCUUCAAAGUCCGCGACGUAACAUUCCACAACCGAAUCGGCCUAUCCCCACUAUGCCAGUACAGCGCCGACGACGGCCACAUGACCGACUGGCACAUGGCACACCUAGGCGGGAUCGCACAACGUGGACCAGGAUUCCUUACGAUAGAAGCGACCUCCGUCCAACCAAACGGACGAAUCACACCGGAAGACUCCGGACUCUGGAAGGACUCGCAGAUCGCGCCGCUCCGCCGCGUCGUGGAAUUCGUGCACAGCCAGAGCCAGGUUAUCGGUGUUCAGCUUGCCCAUGCUGGUCGCAAGGCUAGUACUGUUGCGCCUUGGCUUAGCAAGGCUGAUACGGCUACUGCGAAGGUUGGUGGGUGGCCUGAUGAUGUUAAGGGUCCAGGGAAUGUGCCUUUCCAUGCGAAUUUCCCGACGCCGAAGGCUUUGACGUUGGCUGAGAUUGAGACGUUUAAGAAGGAUUGGGUUGCUGCUGUGAAGCGGGCUCUUAAGGCUGGUGUGGAUUUUGUGGAGAUUCAUAAUGCUCAUGGGUACUUGCUUAUGAGUUUCUUGUCGCCGGCUACCAAUGACCGUACUGAUCAGUAUGGUGGGAGCUUUGAGAAUCGCAUUCGGCUUUCCUUGGAGAUUGCUCAGUUGACCCGCGACACUGUCCCGGACGGUAUGCCUGUCUUUUUGCGGGUCUCCGCUACGGACUGGUUGGAAGAGGUUAUGCCGGAUAAGCCGUCCUGGCGCGUGGAGGACACGGUCCGAUUCGCGAAGGCACUGGCUGAUAGUGGGACUGUUGAUGUGCUGGAUAUCAGCAGCGGUGGCAAUCACGAGCAGCAGCAUAUUCAUGCCAAGCCUGCUUUCCAGGCGCCGUUUGCUGUUGAGGUGAAGAAGGCUGUUGGUGAUAGGAUCAAGGUUGGCUCGGUCGGCAUGAUCAGUUCUGCUUCUUUGGCCAAUUCUCUGCUAGAGAAGGACGGAUUGGACUUUGUGCUUGUCGGCCGCGGAUUCCAGAAGAAUCCCGGUCUGGUUUGGGCUUGGGCUGAGGAGCUUGAGGUGGAUAUUUCCAUGGCUAACCAGAUUAGAUGGGGCUUUGCCAGUCGGGGUACUGGUGGUGGCCCUUACUUGCAUAACAAGGAGGGUAAGCUUUAG